GCUUGGUGCUACGUGGAUUGUCCUGUGUGCUACGUGGACUUCUACGUGGCUUACUGCAACGUGUGCUUGAGGUACUACUGUCUACUAUUGUGGAACUGGGAGGGCUGGGCCAAACCAUGGUCGAAGGCCUGCGCAUUGUUGGUUGAUCGUUGUCGACUGGACGCUUCGUUGGCAUGGCUGACUCAAGCAAGACCAGUUUUGGGUCUCUGGCGGCUAAUCGCGUAUCAGUACCUUCUUGUGGAAGUCUUGUAAUUGCUUAAAGGAGUGUUUGUGGCUAUUCGGCGAGGAAGAGGGGGGGCUGGAAGAGUUGGAAGAGGUCUGAGAACAGUAGGGGCACGAACGGAAGAAGUGCCGGUAGCAACAGUAGUAGUAGUAGUAGUAGUAGUAGUAGUAGUAGUAGUAGUAGUAGUAGUAGUAGUAGUGAUAGUAAUAGUAGUAGUAGGAGUGUGUGGGGAGGAGAAGAUUCUGUGGAGAAGGAGGAGGAGGAGAAGAUUUUGUGUUGAGGAGGAGGAGAGUUUCUGUGGAGGAGGAGGAGGAGGACCGUUUGUGUGGAGUUGGAGGAGGAGCGGGAAGAGGAGAAGAGGAGGGAGACAAGGAGCAGGAAGGGAAGCAGCGUCAGUAGUAGUAGUUGUCAUAGUAGGAGGAGGAGGAAGAGAAGGAUGAGGAGGGGAGGGGAAGGGAGGAUGAAGAGGAGUGAAUAACAGAGAUGCUAAUCUACUGGAAACAGUUGAGCUGAUUGCUCGUGUUGGUUGGGAGAAGUGGAUGCCAUCCUGUUAGUGAGAGCACCGACAGUUUGAUUGCUUGAUAGCUUGCGUACAAAUCGUCAAUCUAAUGGCUCAGGUAGUGCUGUGGAGGUUGGGCCUCCCUGGGGUCGUCAGCAUCGGUUGCGUCAAGUUUUUGGAUCUUGGUUUUUUGUUUUGGAUGCCUUGGGGUCUUUAACUGUAAAUUCUCCUUCCUUGAUGGGGUUUUAUCGGGCUGGUACAAACUUUCCUAAAACGGUUGCGCAAUUUCAUUUUCUGAUGCGUUGUGUUUUAUCAAAUUAUCAUGCUGGUGCUGCUUUCCAGGUCUUUUCAAACUUUCCUAAAAAGGUCGUCGUCCAUCCCUGCUCAAAUAGAUCCUAGGCGUACAAUCGUCGAGGUCAAACGUUUAAGGGAAAAUUUGCAUACUAUCUUAGGUAAGCCUGCACAUUUUUAAAGAAAGUUUGAUGAGGAUGUCAGAUCGGAAAGUUCGAGUGAGUAAAAAGUAUAAUAAAUGACUCAAAGAAUUCAUUAUAAGUAAGUCUUUUCGAGAAUUCCUGGGGUUAUAAAACAAGUAAAAUAAAAAUUAAAACUGAAAAAGAGUUCAGGUGAUCAGCUAGAUCCUGUGAUGAGGAAAAGGUCAGUGGGAGGGAGGGAGGCAGGGAGAGAGGAGCUUUCACAGUUGGAUUUGAUCGCUAGAUCUGUCAAGGCUGUUUGAAAAAGGGGAAGGGAGGGAGGGAGGGAGGGAGGGAGGGGGUUAUUGGAGAGAUGAGUGGCGCAAGUGAGGGUAACGACGAGAUGGCGGAAGAGUCUGGAAACCGCGAUGGGAAGGUAGUUGGUCUGGAUGGUGACAAGGAAGAAGCAGAAGGGGAGGAGAUGAAGACGGAAGGGGGGGAGGAUGAAGACGGAUUGCUUGACUUGACGGGCAAUCAGCUGGUAUCCCUUGUGAGGAUCCCACUCAGUCCAACGCUGACGGAGUUGGACUUGACCAGAAAUCGCCUUUCAUCAAUUGAACCUGUUUUGGGUGAACUUCCAAACCUGCAAAAGUUAUCUCUGCGGCAAAAUUUACUCACGGAUGCCUCGGACUUAGCCAAAUAUCCAGGGUUGUAUGGAUUAAGGGAGUUGGUACUCCACGAUAACCAAUUGAAGCACAUACCCCCUCUAGACAAGUUUGAGAAGUUGGAGCUGCUAGACGUAUCCUUCAAUCAGCUCAAGACGCUCGCGGGGAUCGAGAAAGUAUCGCCGGCGUUGAAAGAAUUGUAUGCAGCGAAGAACAAAAUACAAGCGAUCGAAGGGCUAUCUCAAUUGUCCAAUCUUCUCACCCUUGAACUGGGUUCUAAUCACCUCAGGGUGAUGGAGAACAUGGAAGGUCUGACGAGCUUGCAAAAUCUCUGGCUUGGGAAAAACAAGAUUAGGGAGGUUAACUUAUGCGGGCUGAAGGGCCUGCUCCGCAUCAGCAUGAUGAGCAAUCGAUUAACCCGUAUGACUGGUUUUGAGGGCUGUGAGGUUUUACAGGAGCUUUACCUGAGCCAUAAUGGCAUUUCUAGAAUGGAGCAUCUGUGCAACUUGAGAAGUCUGCAGAUUCUUGACCUGGCUAACAACAGACUUUCAGAGAUUGAGGACGUAGAGAGCCUCACAAAGUUGGAGGAUUUUUGGUUCAAUGACAACCAGCUUCCAUCCCUCGACGGCAUUGGAGAUAAGCUCAAGGGAGCUCGACUGACUCUUACCACAAUCUACUUGGAGAGGAACCCUGUGGCGAGCGACCCAGACUACAUCGGGAAGUUGCGAAGAGAAUUUCCGAAUAUCCAGCAGAUUGACUCAAAGAUUGUGCGAUGAGCAUCAUUGCUAGAUGUCCAAAACAUGUCAGUUUCUGUGCGUAUACUAUUAUACGUUAGGAUCUUGAACUGUCGUUGAUGGAGAUACGUCCGCACAUCGAACUGUCGGCGAUGGCGAUAUGCCCCCGAAGGGAACUGUUGCCAAUGGAGAUAUCUCCACACUCUGUGCGCAGUGCGCAGUGCGUAGCGAAUCAGAAGCAUGGAUACUGACAGUGAUGGGUCAAGACUCACAAGCACUAAAAGCUGUUCACAAGAUGGUUUGGAUGAAUAUGGCGAGUAAUCCAAGCCCGCUCAUCGAACUUGGCUUGUUAUCAGGACUUGGUAACAGGAUGUGGCUCAUCAAGCUUGAUGCCACCAUGCCCUCGUUAGUGAGUGGGAAUUGGUGGACAGUUGGGUGAAAGGAUGGAAGAAGCGGAUGAGAAGGGGUGGAAAGUGGGUGAGAUGGUAGAAGAGGAUGAGAAGUGAGUGGCAAGCGAUGUUGUAAGGCUGGGAGGUUGUGGAACACGGUGACAAGGUGGAGAAAGUCAUGGAAAACGGUGAGAGGAUGGAAGAUGUGGAUGGGGAAUGGAUGGGAAGUAGUGGAAAAUGGUGAAAAGGUGGAGAAAGUCAUGGAAAAUCAGAGAAGGAUGGGAGAAGUAGGUGGGAGUGGUGGGAGGUGGGGAUGGGAGAAGUGGGAGGUAGUGCAAGGAUGGGAGAAGUGGUGGGACGUUGUGGAGAGAAUGGUGAAAAGUGGUGGGACGUUGUGGAGAGAAUGGUGAAAAGUGGAUGGGAUACGGUGGGAAGAUGAAGAAAUGGGUGGGAAAUGCUAGACGGUGGGAAGAUGGAGAAAUGGGUGGGAAAUGCUAGAAUUGUG